UUCCCGCUGUUAGAUACGGAAAAACAGUUUUCUAGCAAGUUAAGUACAUUUCGGAGGCUGUGCUUUUUUCUAAAUGAUGUUUAAUUAAAAACGUUCGGGAGAAGCCGAAGCAAAUAAUCAAACCCGCUGGUUUGCUAUCAGAAAUCACGACAUCUAUCCUAUCAGCUCAAGCGAGCCUCCUCAUAAAUAAGACCAUAAUCUUACUCGUGCCUUCUCUACAAGUCAUACAACAUCCCUCCGCCUCCCCGGCUCAUCUCCCCGAACACGCUUCCCAUAACAGGACCCCGGGGGAGAGUUUUCCGGGUUCGGAAGGCACCAGCGAUCUCGGAGCCCGCUCUCUGGACAGCACGCCAAAUACGCAUAUCUCACCUACCCAUGAUAUCAUCAUUACUCCUGCUUUCAUUAUUAUUAUUUUCAUAGGCGAACUCGUGAAUUACAAGUUGUGAACACGCCUGGUGAGGUUCGAGUCGCCCUGAACAGUGGGCGGGGGCGCUGGAGCCUGCUCUGUCUGCUGCCCAACACAAACACGAGAAUCAACACUUCAUGACAUGGACCUUUGCGAAAGUCUCCGGCGGAUAAAGCUUCUUUACUUGGAAACAUUGCGCAUUCAUCAUGCUCUUGCUGUUGCGUUUCUUCUGUAUAUUUUGUUUAUUGUUGUUCAGUUGAUAAUUAAGAGGAGAAAAGGAAAGCGUAUACUGGAGCCUUUUCCAGGACCGCCGGAUCACUGGCUCUUUGGACACGUGAAAGAGUUUCGACAGGAUGGUAAAGAUUUCGACAAGAUCCUCAGGUGGGGUGAACAGUAUCCCCUUGCUUUUCCACUGUGGUUUGGUCCAUUCGUCUCUUUUUUGAACAUUCAUCAUCCAUUGUAUGUGAAGACCAUUCUCUCGUCAACAGAACCAAAAGAUGAUGUUGCGUAUGCAUUUCUUGUUCCUUGGAUAGGAGAGGGUUUACUUGUGUCCACUGAACAGAAAUGGUUUCGGCAUAGAAGACUCCUCACUCCUGGUUUCCAUUAUGAUGUUUUGAAGCCUUACGUGAAACUUAUUGCUGAUUCCACAAAAAUUAUGCUGGAUAAAUGGGAGGUCCAUGCUAAAUCAGAAGAGUCAUUUGAAUUGUUUCAACAUGCUAGUCUCAUGACGCUGGACAGCAUAAUGAAAUGUGCCUUCAGCUGUAACAGUAACUGUCAGACAGAGAGUGGAACCAAUCCGUAUAUCCAGGCAGUCUAUGAGCUCUGUCGCCUGGUGAACCUCAGGUUCCGGUUCUUUCCGUACCACAUCAACGCCAUAUUUCACCUCAGUCCACAUGGAUACAGGUUCAGGAAGGCAUCCAAUAUAGCACACAGGCAUACAGAGGAUGUUAUCAGGAAGAGAAAGGAAGUUUUGAAGAUUGAAAGAGAACAGGGCAUCGUCAAAAACAAAAGAUAUUUGGACUUUUUAGACAUUCUUCUCUCUGCUCGAGAUGAGAAUCAGCAAGGUUUGUCAGAUGAGGAUAUCAGGGCUGAGGUGGACACAUUUAUGUUUGAAGGCCAUGACACCACAGCCAGUGGCAUAUCUUGGAUCAUGUACAGUCUUGCUUGUAACCCCAAGCACCAGCAGAAAUGCAGGGAGGAGAUCCUGCAGGCUCUGGCAGGAAAAGACACUAUGGAGUGGGAGGACCUCAAUAAAAUUCCAUACACCACGAUGUGUAUUAAAGAAUCCCUACGCUUUUACCCUCCUGUGCCAGGAAUGUCCCGAAAGUUGACUAAACCCAUGACUUUCUUUGACGGACGGACUGUACCUGCAGGUUGUCUCGUUGGUGUCAGUGUUUAUGGGAUUCACAUGAAUGCCACAGUGUGGGAGAAUCCGCAUGUAUUUGACCCAUUGAGAUUUCUGCAGGAGAACACUGCUAUGAGGUUACCGCAUGCCUUUGUGCCUUUCUCUGCUGGACCAAGAAACUGCAUUGGACAGAACUUUGCCAUGAAUGAAUUGAAAGUAGCAGUGGCUCUGACACUGAAGAGAUACCACCUCAUUAAAGACCCAAAUCACACCCCAAAGAUGAUCCCUCAGAUAGUGCUUCGAGCCCUCAAUGGAAUAUACAUCAAGAUUAAACAUGUAAAAACUUCACAGAAAAAUAUUUAAAGACUAAUUUUAGAACCAGUGAACACAACAUAUUUUUUUUUUUACAUUAAUAUCAAAAUGUGGGGAAUUUCACCAAAUGUGUCGUUUACUUGAAUGUGCUGUUUGCAUGUAAGAAUGACUCAUCAGUUGAACGUAAUUUAUUCAUGUGGCAAAUUCAGACACAUUUUUUUGACAUUUCUAGUGCCUAUGAUUCACAACUUCAAAGGCAAUUUUUUCAAUAUUUAGAUUUUUUUACACUCUCCGAUUCCAGAGUUUUAAAUGGCUGUAUCUCCACCAGAUAUUGUUCUAUCCUGACAAACCAUACACCGCAAGAAAGCUUGUUUAUUCAGGUGAUGUAAAUAUCUAAAUUUCGGAAAAUUGACCCAAAAUAUUGGUUUUGUCAUCCAAGGUCACAUAUAAUCAUGUUCAUUGAGUCAAAAAAAUCAUUAGUUAAAUGUAAUUUAAUCAUGUUGCAAAUUUCCAUGCAGAAGUUUAAAAUGUCUAUAACUAUAUAUAAUCGUGUUCGUAUGGUUAAAAAAACUCAUUGAAUUAUUAGUAAUUUGUUUGUGUGACAAAAUUUCCACAAAGUAUUACAUUCAUAUAACUAUAUCUAAUCAUGUUUGUUGGGUUUAAUAAAACUGAAUUACUACAUUAAACCUUUUGUUUUUUACUAUA